AAAAUUUCAAAAAAAAUUCCAUGAAAGUUCCCAAGGCUACUUUACUUUUCCAAAUUUUCAAACAGGAGAACUCCGUUUUAUAAUAAUAUGUGUGGGUAGUACGUACUCGUACAUGCACAUUUCCUAUUGUGUUUAGCUUAUGAAUUGCAAAAUAUAUUCACUGUACCUGUAUGUUUAUGUAGUUCCACAUUUAUUUAUUUAGUUAUUAAAGUAGCUUUUUAGAAUUUAAACUAUCGUGAGUGUUAUUCAUAUUAAUUGAGUAAGAAACACGGCUAAAACUCACCUGAUACUACGUCGGGGUAUGCCCUACUAGUUUCGAACCCAUACGGGGCGCUUAGUCAUGAGCUGGUUCUUGCAACGCGGCACGAUCCAAACUGCGACACAGCAGCGCGAGGGGCCGCUCGCAGCGCGCGUCGGGAGAGGGCCUGUUGGGUGGAGAGUAAAGGUUCCGUUACAUUCUCCGAGUCUUCUUGUAAGAAACCGAACUAACAAUAUCUUGUUCCAAGUUUGUUAUUUGCGACUUAGAAUGAAAUAGCGGUUUCCAAGCUGUCGGCAGCAACCAUCCAUGAUCACGAUUAAAAUUCGGGUGACAACUACUUAAUUUCUAUUGCUUCACGUAUCUUACGAGAUAGGUACUAGAAAGUUUUCCCUUGGCAAUACUGAAGCCUUAUCAAAACAGAUGAAAUCCCCGAGUCCAAUAACCGAAGCUUGAACAUGCUCGGCUACUGCUGAACCGUCUAGUGUUGGGUCUAGGUUGCUUCCUCUAGUACGUUUCACUCCGAAAACGAAACAUCUUUAGGCGAAAUUAUCUCUACAAUGUUCAUUUAUUGUAAAACAAUGAUACACAUUGAACAAUCUAUCUUUGCACAUUGAAAAACAAUCAACUUUACAAUUGAAAGUAUAAACCAAGAGCCAGCGACAAUGCUGGCUCUCCAUCUACUUCACAAAUUGUCAAACAAUGGACAUUACAAUUGAACCGUGACACAUUGUAAGGAAAUGAAUUUUACUAUUGAACUUUGUAAAACAAUGAACGUUACAGGAAUUACAUACACUAGUACCUGCUAGUACCUACAUGUUAUAAUUUAACUAAUAUGAUAAUAUUAUGCGCGUCACAGAUUAGCACUCGUGCGAGAGCAGCAGAGCGCCGCUGCCAUGGAAAACGACUGCUAUAGAGCACAAAUACAGGCAAUUCAAACAAAGUGUGAAGAACAAGCUAAAGAACUGGAAAAGGCAAAAACAGACAACGAAACCCUGGAAAAUAAAGGAAAGGAUUUGCAAGAGAAAGUGAAUGAAUACCACAAAGAAGUAGAGUCACUAAAGACUCUGCUCUUGGAAGCGGACGCACGGACAGAGAAACUGUCGCUGGAGCUUAGGGAGACGAUUGACCAGCGUGACAACCACUUACGCAAAGUUGAUCACUUGGAAGCCGAAAUCGUUAUCUUGAGCAAGAAUCUCAACGAUACCGAGAUAUAUUUAUCAAAUUAUAAAGAUGCCGCCGAAGAUAAAAACAAAAAACAAUUGGAAAUAAUUGAAGUAAAGAGCAAUGAGUUGGAACACAAAACAUCUGAGCAUCUCCAAGCUAUCAACCAAUUGGAGAAAGUAAAAAAGAAAAGUGAAAAGCUGCAGAAGCAAUUGGAAGCCGUUAAUAGGAAGAUGCAGCAGGAACGAGAAGAAAACAAGAUAAUGCGCGCGCACUGGGAAGCUGAAAUGAAGGCCAAGGAUGAGUCGCUCUCAAAAGAAAUGUCGAAGUUCUUGCAAGCGAGGACCGAAUCGGACCAUGAGAAGAGUGCGCUGCAAAAGAAGAUCGACGAGUUAGAGACAAGAAUAACCAACAUAAUAAAGGAGGCAUCGGAGAUUCCGCGGCAUGUGACCGCCGAGCUCACUCCGCAGCGCGCGCAGGUAGAGGCUCAACCGCUAAAGCGGGUCGAUUCUCUCCUCGACGGUAUGUUCCAGUACUCUAGUGAGCGCAGCGUCGAUUAUUUGGAUUCGGCGAAGGUACAACAACACUUCGCAAUGUUCCUCCACGGAGAGCCCGCGCCCGCUAACUCUCUGGCGGCUCUCAAGCGCGACAACCCAGACUCUCUGGUGGCGGGCGCUCGGACACAACGCCCGCGCACAAACUCUCCGGUGCUGAACGUGACUAAGCCGAACUCUCCGGUGAAGGAGCAUCGUUACUUCGCGAUGUUCGCCCGCGAGGAGCCCGAGCCCGCUAACUCUCAGGCGGCUUUCAAGCGUGACAACCCAGACUCUCUGGUAGCGGGGACUCGGACACAACGCCCGCGCACAUACCCGCCGGUGCCGGUGCAGAAAGAGCCCAAGCCUCCGGUGAAGGAGCAUCGUUACUUCGCGAUGUUCGCCCGCGAGGAGCCCGAGCCCGCUAACUCUCUGGCGGCUCUCAAGCGUGACCACCCAGACUCUUUGGUAGCGAGCGCUCGGACACAACACCCGCGCACAGACCCGUCGGUGCCGGUGCAGAAAGAGCCUAAGCCUGUCGCGCCAAAAGAACGACGUUUUUUCAAAACUCGCAAGACUUCGGUCAAGAAGAAUUAAAUUAAUAGACUAAUAAAUAAAAUCUUCUUAUUAAUUAAAUACAUACAUAUUAAUAAAUUAAUGAUUUUUAAGUAUUUUAAUUUUGAACGAGAUUUAAGAGAUAUUAACUCUAAAACAAACUUUAGUAAUAAUAUCAUUGCCUAUUUU